UCAUGAGGAUGUUGUUUACCUAUUAAUCAGUGAUCCUAACUGGGUCAAGAAUGGGAAAACAUUUUUCUUUAAUGAAUCUUCCUUGCACAUUGCAUGUCGGAGUAAGAGAGUUAGAAUUGCUAUUGCACUUCUAAAGAAUGGAGCUGAGACAAUUAUUAAUGAUAAAACUUCUAAGAGAAAUACAGCGCUUCAUUUUGCUGUCAGGGCUAAGAGCUAUGAGCUUGUUGAAGCUUUGCUAAAGAAGCAAGCCUCUAUUACAAUCAAAAACAUGGAUAAUAAGACACCAUUUGAAAUGGCUAAAGAUAUGCAUUUCCUUGAAGCAGUACAAUUAAUAAAGGAGAGUAUUGUAGCAAGGCCUUUAAGAGAGCAUGAUACUGAAAAUGAUGAUGACAGUGUCAAUGGACAAAUGAAAGUCCCACGGAAUGUUAAGUUCCUUGUUUCUGGGCCACCACAAGUUGGGAAGUCUGUUUUUACCAAACGAUUCAAAGGAGAGAUCAUUAAUCUUAAAAAAACAAAGAAAUUGGCCGAUUCCGCUGAAUUUACUCCUCCUAAUAAUCCAGAUGAUACAACAGACGAGCCUAAAUCUAAUCGAAUGUCUUUUGUUUUUGACACGGGCAUGGGUACACAUAUGAAGGAUAUAAUAGAUAUUGACGUCCAGCAAUAUGAGAUGUAUAAUGUAUUGCCACACCUUUUCCAAGGGCAAACCUUUCACUUGGUUGUAUUUGAUAUAUCAGUCGAUCUCACCAAAGAAUUAUCCAUCAUCAGAGAUGAUGGUUCUAAAAUGUGCUACGUUCCAGUUCAGUUUUUGCAUCAGUUAUUAUCACAUUACAAUGAUGUUCGAUCUUAUAAUAGCAGAGCAGUUCUUCUAGCUACGAAUGUCGAUCGCAUUGAUGAUAGUUGCAGAUCUAGUGUUUUUCGUCAAAAAGAUAAGGAGAUCAGGAAGUAUUUUGGAAAGGCCAGCUUUUUAUCCAAUGGUUUCUUAGUCUUUGAUGAUGACACUGGUCUUAUUUUUCUUGCCGUUGAUAACAUGAAUGGAAAUGAGGAGGAAAUGAGUCAAAUAUCUUCUUUUAUUAAUAAAGAGCUACAAAAGAGUUCAUCUGAAGUAGAAGUUUCAAUCUCAUGUUCAUCAUUCUUCUACAAGCUUCGGGAUCAUGGUGGUCUCAUUCAAUUCAAAGAGUGGAUAGAAAUGGCUAAAAUUGAUGGAAUAUCACAAAAAGAAAUACCUCAAAUUCUUAAUUUUGCAUCGCAAGAAGUUGGUUUAUUUCUUUAUUUUGAGGAAGUGGAAGGUUUCAAGGAUUUCGUUAUCAUUGAUCUCAGCUCUUUCAUUCGUACCAUAACAAGUGCACUACUUGCCAUAUCCUCCAAGAACAAGGAUAUUUCAAACACAGGGAUAAUUUCAAAGCAUGAUCUGGAUCAAGUUCUUUCACUAAACAGCCACUUACCAAUUGAAAUGGCUUUUAUUAUCAACCUUCUUAAAUAUUACAACAUACUGCUUGACUUUGAUCCAAAACAAUAUUUUAUUCCAAGUCUCCUGUUGCCUGAUACUCGUAUUGCAAGCAUUACUGAAGAUGAAAUUAAAACGAAAAAUCCCAUUCUAUUUCAAUUUGAGGAUGCCUCUAAUCCUAUUACUGUGCUUUCAGCCUUGGUUACUGAGCUUUCCAAAGAAAAGGCACUUCUUGAAUCAAUUCGUUUCAAUAACCACAUCAAGUUUCAUCAUCGCAAUACAAGCAUUAGAGCUAUGAUUCGUUUUUCAUAUUUGGAGAUUCAAGUUGAUGGUGGCUCUGGGGAUCCCUCCAAUGUUUACGAAUUUAUGAAGAAAGUUAUUUUCAAUUCGCAUGAUAAGGCUCCUCCAUUUUUUACGGGGUUUUACUGUUCAAGUGUUCAUCCAAGACCUCAUUUCAGCAAGUUGGAGAGCCCAGGAUAUACAUCUAUGGUUUGCACCGAGUUUCGAGAGUGUCCUAAUCAUCAAAAGGCUAUAGCACUAUCUAGUCAUCAUAAAGAAUGGCUUGUUUCAUAUACACCAAUGGCAAAGAAAACAUCCUUGAGCUUGGAGUUAUUGAAUUCAUUAGAGAAGGAGAAUAACAGGAUGAAAUCUGAGAAAACUCAAUUGUUAGAAAAAUUUGAACUGGCACAGAAAGAUAAUGACAUAUUGCUAGACAAACUCAGAGAGAAGGAUUUCUACAUAGCAAUGUUACAAGACAGAGUAAAAGAAAAAGACCAUCACAUUAAAAAGCUAUUAUUAAAUAAAGAGGUUGAUAUGGGUCACAUUGGCAUUAUGACUCCUAAACCAGACAUGAUUCAUAAAAUAGCAGAAGCUCUUAAACCAAUGGAAGAUGACUGGUACAUGCUAGGCGAGUUCCUUGUUGUUGGUGAAUCUCAAUUAUAUGAAAUUGAUCAAAACAAAAAUGGCUCUGAUUCUAAAUUGGAAUGUUUGCUCUACAAUUAUGCUGAUAGAUGUCAUGAAUUGCUCAAUCAAGUGGAGAAAUUUCUUAAAAAGAUGGAAAGAGAUGAUUUAUUAACAGAACUUUACAAGUCAGUAUGUGACAAUGGUAUUUUGCAUGAUUAUCUGGUUCCAUUACAAGACAAACUUGAUGACGUGGGCUACCUCGUGCCAUCCAAAUGUCAAAAAGGGAAGGAGCCUAGCUACGAAAGACUAGGUUGCCUCAUUGCUGGAAAAGAAAUAUUUUUAAUUCAAGGAGGAAAUGCUCACCAAAUGAAUUGGAAGGAAUAUGGUCUUAGUAUCAGUAUUUCAGAAGGAAGUCUAUCUUCUACAGAGACUGCUAUGAUAUCUGUCGUUGCCCUUGCAGGAGGGCCUUUUAUUUUUCCAGAAAACACAGUUCUUGUUAGUGCUGUGUAUGCUAUCUCUGUCUCUAAAAAACUCCUCAAGCCAUUCAAGCUAGAGCUGCAGCAUUGCGUUAGAUUGGAAGACGAGAGUCAAGCAAAGUUUCUCAAAUUUGUAACAGCUCCCAUCAGCUCUGCUAAACUUCCACUUCAGUUCACAGCUGUAGAAGGUGGUGAGUUUCCCAUUGGAAGUAGCUAUGGCUCGAUUAAGCGUGGUAAAUAUUGUCUGAUGGGUAUCACAGGAGAAAAGUCCACUAUUGCUGCUGAUGAUCAGUCUGAAGGUGAUAAAUCUAAUAAGCAAUUAACUAGAGUGCCUACUCCUAUUGUUAAAGCUAUGGGGUACACUCUAAUGAUUUAUUAUGAACCGAAAUAUAGAGAGUAUUGGGUGACUUUCACUGCUGUCAAAAAUUUAGAUGCUUUACAUAAGUACAUUGAAGCUGAACAUGCUACAGCAGAAAAAGGACCACAUGAGCCUUUUAGUUUUAAGGAGCAGCACACAGAAAUUCAGCUGAAACUUGAGCCCACCAUAAAAACAGAUCGUUGGACCAUUCAGACUCACAGUGCAUCUUGCAAAAUGCGCCAAACAGACAUGGAUAUGUUUGGUGAAGGAAACCACUCACUUCCACCUGAAUGCAUCAUAUCUGUUUAUUCAUCAUCAAAUGCCUAUACUGAUGACUCUGAUUCAGCACUACAUUAUCCUGUACCUGUUGAAGGUACUACUGAGCCAAUGACACUUUUUAUUCACAGACAAGUUGUGACUUCACCAAAUUCACCAGCAAAUCAAUUUUCCCCUGCAGAUGAUGAUAAAGCAAAAGACAUAUUUCAGGAACAGAUUGAUGAACUGACAGUGUUGUUAUCUAAAACAGACAAUAGGUUGAUAAUUGCUUCAAAAUUGUUCAGUAAAAAGCUCAUCAGUGAAGCCGGCUAUAAUGCUGCUACUGAUGAAAACAACAAGUCUGGCUUGCAGAACGGAACCACUCUGUUGAUGUAUAUCAGAGAAGCAGUUAAUCAAUCAGGCAAAUCAGCAGCUAGACUAAGAAAUCUAAUUGAUAUUUUUAGCAAAGAAGAUGCAUUUAAACCAAUAGCUGAAGAAAUGUCGAAAAAGCUUAAGUAAAUAUAUACACUGCACAUAGCAUAAAACAAGAACUACAUCACUUAUAACAAUUAAAUAGUUUAACAAUAAUUAAUAGUUAAAUAGUUUUAGUAACAUUAGGUAACACAAUAUCUAUAAAAUUAA